AUGCCUUCCCAAAACGACAUCGCCAAACACUUCCGCACCCUCCACGACCCCCAAGACCCUAUAAUUCUCACAAACGCCUACGAUGCCAGCACCGCCUCGGUCAUCACCUCUCUCCCCAACACCCGCGCUCUCGCCACAGCCUCCUUCGCCAUUGCAGCUUGCCUCGGCGUCGACGACAAUGACCUCACAAAAGUCCAGAACCUAGCCGCCGCGCAGAUCAUCAUAUCAGCUGCCCACCGCAUCAAUCCUACCUUGCCCAUAACAGUCGAUCUCCAGGACGGCUACGGUGAGGACCUCCAUAGCUUGGCGGCGACGAUCAAGGACGUUAUCGCCUUAGGUGCAGUGGGCUGUAACUUGGAGGAUUUGAAUAAUGAGGCCGGUACGUUACGGCCGCUGAGCGAGGCAGUUGCGCGGGUGAGGACGGUGGUUGAGGCAGCGAAGGAGGCGGGCGUUCCUGAUUUUGUGCUGAAUGCGCGGACGGAUGUAUUGGCUCAGGAAGGGACGACGGUGGAUGAUGCCAUUAUGCGAGGGAAGGCCUAUUUGGAGGCGGGAGCUUGUACGGUUUUCGUUUGGGGUGGGCCUAAGGGAAGGGGUGUCUCGAAGAAGGAGGUGGAGCGUCUGGUGAGGGAGUUGAAGGGGAUGGUGAAUGUGAAGAUGGUUUUGAGAGAAGGGUUCUUGGGGAUCCAAGAAAUUCGCAAGUUGGGUGUUGCUAGGGUGAGUCUUGGGCCGGAACUGUGGAAGAGUGCGAUGCAGACGGUUAAGGAGCAGGCUAAGUCGUUGUUGGCCUGA